AUGGAGACAGUUCGCGGAGUUCUUGCCGGACUGCCGCCGCUGGAGCUGGAGGAGCUUGGGGAUGCUUCGUCGCUUGCUCCACAGCCAGAAGCGCCUUCGCCAGCUGGUUCGGUCUACACGCCGGUAAAUGCUCCGUCGACCUAUUGGCGGACCACCAUCUGUGCGCCCCUCUGCGCCCCACAAGAGGCACCCACCAAGGCCGUGGGCGCCCAGCCGCGGGCCGCCGCUUUGCAUUCGCUGGGAUUAGCUGGGUCAGUGGCUGUUGCGAGUUCUUUAGUUGAAGUGUUUCACAUCACAUUGUUGCACGAUUUUCUCACAGUCGUCGUCGUCAUCGAGAGGACGCAGAACUAUUUGGGCGCCUUCGGGCUGCCAAGUCCAAUGGAGCGGGAAGAACAGCACUCUGAGCUCUGCUUUCCCGCAGGCCUUUGUUCCAAGGCCGUGCCUACAAUCGUCUACAAGCUUCGUCAGCGUGCCACGCUUUGCAUGUGCAUCUCCACUAUAGGCUCAAGGCAGAUGGAACCCUCCGGGUCAAAGAGUGGGAACCGCGAGCCUCGCGAAGCCUUUGAAAGGAUGGAGGUUCUGGGAUCCUUGGAGGCCUUGGAGGCCCUGAUCUUCUCGGAGUGCUCGGAGCGACAGACACGGCUGCAAAGAGCUUCGGAGCAGCUCCGACACCUGCGGCGCCUGGAGCGCGUAGCCUUGGCCGGUGCUGAUGUCCGGCGCUUGGCGCAGCUCCGUCAGCUUCAGCAGGAACUCCUAGAAUUUGCCGAUCUUCGAUCUUUGCGGUCCCUACGAUCUCGGUCUGGCGACCAUGAUGGUAUCCCCUCCGAAAAAGCUGAAAAAAGUGUGCCGUCCUUACUCCGGGAUGUGCGCCACUGGCACGCAGAAUUGAGACGGCUAGAGCAGCUCGAAGCCUUUCAGCUUAAGUCGGAGAGCUCUUGGAGCGGACCAUUGACCUUGACUGCGGAGAUCUCCGUGCUUCGUCAAGUAUUGGCAGAACAAGAGGAGGGCAGAAAGGCUUGCGAGGAAUGCUUGCGCCUGCGACAUCCAGCCAGCUCAGCGGCUUUGCCGUUGGCCGGGACACCACCAAGCACUUUGAGCGCUUGCAAUGCAAGUGUGGCCGCGGGAAUUCGCUUGGCGACCGGUGCUGCGCGACAGUGCUUCGGCGAGCAUGCACAUUGCCCACUGCACCGGAACACAUCUUGGAACCCGAAGAGGAGCUCGUCCCUAAUUUGCCACUGGACCGAACGAUCUCGGAGCCUCAUAAUUUGGAGCGUGUACUAUUGGAUGCUCCAGACACGCCGCACAGGGCCAAGGUCGCUGAAUCAAGCGGACCCGGGCUCUCAAACACCAGCGACAGACCCAGGGCCCAGUUUUCUCUGUCCAGACAAGCCCGAAGAGAAGAACCUCCGACGCCGGCUCCGCUUAGCCAGCGACAUCGUGGCAGAGACCGACCACGAUUGUGGUACUUCCAAUCGCAACGAGUGCGGGCUGCAGGUGUCUCCAGCCGGAAAGCAUUUCGGCGUGCAGCUCUGGAAGCCAAGCGCUUGCAGCCAAGCACUGCAGGAGUUGCUGCACCUCAGUCUCAGCCGAGCUUAUCUGCCCAAGCUUCCAUCGAUCACAUUUCUCGGUGCAUGA